CAAAAACCUUCCGCAUUCAACCCACACACUAACCAACCGCUGGGGUGAAUGAAGACGUGUAACCUGCGGCGACCGCACUUCCAUCUCCUCGCCUAGGCCGCGCCCACACCAGACACCACAACCCCGCCGACCAUGGCAGGCUCCGGCGCCAGCGACGACGAGGUCGUCUUCGAGAUGGCGCAGUUCAUCCGCGUCUACAAGAGCGGCCGCGUGGAGCGCUACUUCGGCUCCGACCCCGUACCGGCCUCCACGGACGCCGCCACGGGCGUUGCCUCCAAGGACCGCGCCAUCUCCCCCGACGUCGCCGUCCGCCUCUACCUCCCGCCGGCAACCGAAGAGACCGACGGUGGGAGCAGGAGGAAGCUCCCAAUCCUCGUGUACUUCCACGGCGGCGGCUUCUGCCUCCACACCGCCUUCAAUUUCGUCUUCCACGCCUACCUCACCUCCCUCGCCGCGCGGACCCGCGCCAUCGUCGUCUCCGUCGAGUACCGCCUCGCGCCCGAGCACCCGCUCCCCGCCGCCUACGACGACUCUUGGCGAGCGCUGUGCUGGGUGGCCUCCCACGCCGCCGGAUCCGGCGGCGAGGAGCCCUGGCUCGCCGACCACGGCGACUUCUCCCGCCUGAGCGUCGGCGGCGAGAGCGCCGGCGCCAACAUCGCGCACCACAUGGCGAUGCGCGCCGGCGCCGAGCCCCUCCCCGGCGGCGCCCGGAUCAGCAGCGCCGUCAUCGUCCACCCUUACUUCCUGGGCGCCAGCGGGGUGGCGUCGGAGGAGACGGAUCCCGCGAUGGCGCAGAGCGUGGUGACCAUGUGGCGCGUGGUGUGCCCGGGCACCACGGGCGUGGACGACCCCUGGGUCAACCCGCUGGCGGCCGGCGCGCCGGGGAUGCAAGGGCUCGCGUGCGCGCGCGUGCUCAUGUGCCUCACGGAGAAGGACGUGCUCCGCGACCGCGGCCGCGCGUACGCCGAGGGGCUCGGGGCCAGCGGGUGGGCCGGGGAGGUGGAGGUGCUGGAGGUGGCCGGGCAGGGCCACUGCUUCCACCUCGUCGACUUCGCGUGCGCCGACGCCGUCGUCGCGCAGGACGACACCAUUGCCCGAUUUGUUAACCUGUAAAUGUAAAUCAUCAUGGAUUUUGUAAUUGUAUUCUCAAUGCUUUGGAACCUAUCACCUUUCCGGGCAAAUCGUGCAAACUCCAAUUUGGUCCACCAAAUCAACAUCCAUCAUAGGGAGAUUAGGUAAUUUUACAAUUAACCGCCCGCUUUUAAAUUGGGUAAUUACACUUUUCUGCGCCCCCUUGAAUGUUGAUAUGAUAUUACAGAUUGGAGUUUGCACAGUUUGCAUGGAGAGAUUGGUUUGUACCUGAUAUAUUUAUUCUCCAAUACUUUUGCGGCGGAUUUGGCUGAAAA